CACCCUCUCCCUCUCUCUCUUUCUCAGCCCAGCGCUCGGUGCAUCCACUGUCGUUUCUAACGGGGGAUAAUACAGCGCCACCCGUACUGCUCCCUCAACUCUGGCCACAAAAAGGCGGCAGACGGUGACAGCAUCAGCACUAGCAACAGGAGGCUCCUCUCUGAUCUCCUUUUGUCUAAGACUCCUCCUCUCUCUGUCUCUCUCUCUCUCCCAGGACUCCCUUGUUCCCUCCAGAUGAGAUCUUCUCCACAUCCGGACGGACAGAUCGGGAGCUGACAGCAUGCUGUGCCAGUGAAACAACCAUAGGAAGAACAGAAAGGAAUCUCCACCGACUGAAGACGUUCUUUGAACUAUCUCGACUGCGUGCAACUCCUGUGUCAAGAAGAAGCAGCAUUGGAGGAGCAGCAGGCACCGUUGAGUUAAAGCUUCUGCCUGGCUGCCCAGCACCACCAUGGCUGAGAGUCGAAGGGAAGCCCUUGCAGCGGCCCCGAUGUCCACCACUGCCUCCGCGGUCGGUGCCAACACUACCGACAUCUCCGGCACCGGAUCCAGCGAGGACUUCUCCAAGCUCAAGAACAAGUUCAUGAACGAGCUCAACAAAAUCCCACUGCCAAAUUGGGCCAUCGUCUCCAUCGCCUUCGUGGCCGUGGUCCUGGUCCUCUCCUGCUGCUUCUGCAUCUGCAAGAAGUGGAUAUUCAAGAAGAAGAACAAGAAGAAGGGCAAAGACAAGGGCAAGAAUGCCAUCAACAUGAUGGACGUGAACGACGGUGCGAAAACCGAGGCCUUGAAGGAUGAGGAUGACGCUGAGACAGGCCUGACCGAUACGGAGAAAGAGCCCGAGCCCAAGGAGGAAGAGAAACUGGGCAAAUUACAGUUCAGCCUGGAUUACAAUUUCACCGAGAAUACGCUCAUAGUAGGGAUCAUCCAAGCAGCGGACCUUCCAGCCAUGGACAUGGGCGGCACCUCGGACCCCUAUGUCAAGGUCUACCUGCUACCUGACAAGAAGAAGAAGUUUGAGACCAAGGUCCACCGGAAGACCCUAAACCCAACCUUCAACGAGCAGUUCCAAUUCAAGGUGCCCUACGUCGAGCUGGGAGGCAAGACGCUGAUGAUGACGGUGUACGACUUUGACCGCUUCUCCAAGCACGACGCCAUCGGAGACGUGAAGCUGCCCAUGAACAAGAUUGACUUUAGUCACGUGACCGAGGAGUGGCGGGAUCUUGUGAGCGCCGAGAAGGAGGAGCAAGAGAAGCUGGGUGAUAUCUGCUUCUCCCUGAGAUACGUUCCCACCGCCGGCAAGCUGACCGUGGUCAUCCUGGAGGCCAAGAACCUGAAGAAGAUGGACGUGGGAGGCUUGUCAGAUCCCUACGUGAAGAUCCACCUGAUGCAGAACGGGAAGAGGCUGAAGAAGAAGAAGACGACAAUCAAGAAGAACACCCUCAACCCUUACUACAACGAGUCCUUCAGCUUUGAAGUGCCAUUCGAGCAAAUCCAGAAAGUUCAAGUUGUUGUAACCGUUCUGGACUAUGACAAGAUCGGCAAGAACGAUGCCAUCGGCAAGGUCUUUGUGGGCCUCAACAGCUCGGGGACGGAGCUGCGCCACUGGUCGGAUAUGCUGGCCAACCCCAGGAGACCCAUCGCCCAGUGGCACGUGCUGAAGGUGGAGGAGGAGGUGGACGCUCAGCUCUCCACAAAAAAAUAGGCAGGGCCCUUUCAGCACCUUCCCCAUAGUGCUCUUUAGCCAGUAUGUGUAAAUACCUCAGUGAUAUAUGAGUCCAUCCACCGUCAAACCAAUCCAGCCAAAUCCUUCCCACCAACCCCAUACUACUUGUCUUAUCACCUUCUUUUGUAAUUGUUAAUGGUUCUUUCAAAACCCUAGGCCCCGAUGUUCAGAUUUGUGUUUCUAUUUGUCAGGUUGGGAGUCCCCGCCCCUGACCUGACUAUGUUGUCCAUCUCUACGCCCUGAUUCCCCCUAACCAAAUGCCCCCUUUUAAGCAAUAUGAUCUGUAUAGAUAGCGCAUGACUGAAAGACAUUUAUUGUACCACAGUUGUAUAUAUCAGUCUGCAGGCAAAAAUUAUUUCUAAUUUAUGUUGGUAUGUUGUUACCCGUUUCCUAAUCGAUGUAUAUCUGGAUGUUUUUAAUAAGAUGUUCUAUUUUAAAUUAUGUAAAUGCAGAUAUAGGAGAGACGAUAUUAUAUAUUACAGGAUUAAAAAAAUUGACCUUAUUGCAUUCCAGAGGAAGAAGAAAGCAAUUCCACCCUGUAAGAUGCUAGUGGAAGUAUAGUCACAUUGUAAAGGACGGUGUCUGGCUUUAUGUUUACUAAUGAACCAUUGCAGAGAAAAGUUGAAAUAAACAGAAAACUAGGCCGUUAACUACUAUGGUUUCAUGGGAAAAUAUAUGCUGCUGGAUAGUAUACAAGCACAUGGUUUCUUAUACACCUUUUUAUACACAUUUCUCCAUCAGAGGACCUACUUGUUUUGCUUGAAACACAAUGUUCUGGAGGAUCUCUCAAAUCGAUGCAAACCGGUUAGCCUUUUUCCUUGUCCUUAAGCAGGGCAUCACCUCGUGACACAGUCAGUUACUUUUAAGUGAAAUAGGUCCUCAUUUGAAAGGCCAUCUGUUCGUUAAAUUAUUAUUUAUUUUUUUACAGACCGGUCCUCUUAAACCCAAAUGACUAUUCCUCCAACCCCCCUCUGAAACUGACCCCAUAUGAAAUAGAAUCAAGGAGUAGCCAUUGUGUCCUUAAGCUUGUUGAACAAUAUUUUGUUAACCGCUUACUUUCAAUAGCCUUGUUGUUGGAAACGGAUUAUGUUCAGGACAUUGGAGUCUCAAGGUCUCCAAAGAUGGAAAAUGGACUUUUAGAUGACCAUUUUUUUAAAUAAAUUCAGCUGAUUUUUUUGUAAACUGCAUGAUUUUUUAAACAAUAUUGGCUAAAGGCUGGGA